AUGUCUCUGCAGCUCCAAUUUGAAGUCACCGCCGGCGCAAUCAUCUCCGUGCAUGUUGUACGCGAGCUCCUCAAGGCAUGUCAAGAGGAUGACCUACAGCCUCUCACAAUGAGCAGCCUAGAAUCCUUUGGCCAAUGGCUCGCUGUUGAUCGCGAUCGCUUAUCCCAGGGGGAGGAUGCUCUAGGUGAGAGCUCCGAUAAAAGUCGCUUGAUUCGAUUCGCAAACAAGGUGUUUCUUGGAACGCACAGCGAAGGCAUCAUUAGCCAAAUGCGCAAGAACCUGCACCUUACGGCCUCCUUUCUCUUCGUCUGCACUUGUACCACUUUAGACCAACCGCAGACGGCGGAAUUGGUGCACGAACUCAUGAGACUCACCGGUGCAGUGGAUCGCAAUGGAACUUCUAAGAAUGAGGUGUCGAAAUUCGUCGAGAGGAUUGCGGGCUGCGGGAGCUUCCUACCAGGCGAAUCACCGUCAGACGUCCAUACAAAAAUUGCUUCAGCUGCUGCAUCAGCUGGACUGUGGAGAGAGACUCGGGGUGCAUUCGAUUCUGUGGACAUAGGGCAGGCCGCCCAGCUACUCUACGAAGUCUUUGCAGCUAUGGCAGAUCAAAAUGUCAAGCACGUUAUCCUGAAAGGAGGUAUCGGGUGUAUUUGGUUGGCCUCGUUAUUGAGUUGGUUGCGGCCACGUGAAACAGUCAUAUUGGGGCCGCGGAAGAACCAACUCUAUCCAGAAACGAGGGAAGCAUACGCCGACGACGCCGACCGGCUAUGUGUAAUCUUGGAGAAUGACUCAAGGCACCCUUACGGCUCCUGGACUGUUGAGAAGUGGACGUCAACGUCUGAUGAGCCAAUCUCUAAGCACACAUUGGAACCACUUCCAGAUCCAACCAAUCCAGCAGGGCCACAGGACUUUCAUUGCCCGUUAGGGUCGGCGAGAAGUUGCAUAUCAUGGCAGAUUACAGACCCUGAAGCACGAGAAGCAGUCGGCAUUCUCGCAUCAGUGCUGGUGAUAUUGGCUGUGGAACGAGCGAUGACGAAUAUCGAUAAUGGGAAAACGGUCCCCUUCAAUGAUCUGAUCUCUCAUUGGUUCCUGAAACAACACACAAUAAUCAUGUCAAGUUUUGGCUGGCCUGGUUUGGACGAAAAACACAGCGAACGUGUGCUAGAGCUUCUUCAAAGCAAGCUUGAGGAUCCCCAAAGCAAGCGAGAUUUUGUCCCAAGCAAGAUUGACUUUCAACGAGGCGGUCCCAGCGAUCCCUCAUUAGCGUACUUCCUAUUUGAGAUCCUUAAGGGCUGCAGCACAUCGGUCUCAAAGAUCAAGACGAAGGAAAAUGGCGAAGAAACUGGAGGCUGGAGCCUGGAUGUUAUCAAUAUUGCCAUCCAUCUUGCCAAAGAGGCUCUGACUUUUAGUUUUUGCGAGGCAGAGCCACCGAACCCUCAGUAUCAUUCACAAGAUUAUUUUGCUCGGCAUGAUACCUUACACAAAAUGAUUGCCAAACAUCGUUUGGACUAUUCAGAGCUGAAGAGGCUUUCUCUUUCUUCGAUUUUGGGUGUGGCCCCUCACAAGAUAAACCCAACCGAUUUGGCUGUAUCCCGUCAAGGAUACGUUGCCUACACGCCCUUGAUAGAUGGCAAAGGAGAGUUCACAAUGUCUCGACGGGCCGCGGCAUGUUUCUGUGUUUCCCCAGGGCUCUUGAGAGUCAGAGAUACCCCAGAUCUCUUCCGUCGCUUAGCAGAAGGAGCCAUUCGCCGAUCACUUGGUAAGAAAUCGCAAGGCACGAGUCGAAUCUCCUUGAUCGGGUCAGACGGCCGCGUACAGCGCCUUGAUGAGACGAUGGCGUUUGAUGACAUGGAAUCAACUGUUGAACAUCUCAUUCGUACGGAAGACGACAUAAUCUACCUCGCUUCUGAAAUUGUCAGCACCGGAGCCAGUCAACGUGGAGAUUUGGCACGUGGUGUAGGCUCCGCCCUUGCAAAAAACGCGACGGUCAAGAACAGAUAUCCUGUCUCCUGGAAUCAAUCUUUCACGGUAAUCAUGGGGGCCAUCCAUGUAGACAAGGAUACCUCACGACCCGCACAAUUGGAAAAGAUUGCAGAAGGAUGGAUAACAAGCGGAAGAUUCGAUAAGUUUAAAAUUCACUGGCGACGUGUUGGCGACGAGUUUGAGGGACUGCAGGGAAUGCGCUUCUCCGUUUCUUUGAGGCUGGGCGGCUUACGAAAUUGCAAUCGGUACCCACUGUAUAUGUUCAACUGGGGAGUUCAAUAA